GACGGUUUGGCCUUUACUGGGGGCGGGCGGAGCAGAGGCCGCGGCUGGGCGGGGAGCAAAGGGCGAUGCCACUGUACCAUAUUACUUCAGGCUCACAACCAUCUGUUGUACUUCCCUAUGACAUAGACAUUAAAAUCUAAAAGAAAUUGGAUCUGAAAAUCUCCACAUUACUGCUUUGACAUCUGUGUAAUUAAGAAGCCUCACUUCCAUUGCUUCCAAGCAAGGACUGUUCCUCAUGAAAGUGUAUUGAAACAUAUUGAGAAAUAACCUGCAUGGUAUUUAAAAUGAGAAGGUUCUGGCCAUUGAACUCCAGCUCUAAGGUGAAAUAAAACAUUGUUCCCUUGGAGAAAUUAAUUUGGGUACUUUUUGCUAAAAAUCUCUUAACAGUUAAAAGAUCUUAACAAAGUUAAGAUAGGUCUCAUAUAGGAAUGUUUUUGGUUACUUUGUGCUUUGGAGCUUAUUAACAUUUUCAGAUGAGUAAACCAAUCUUUUAAAAUUAACAGUUUCACUGAGGAACCUCUGUAGUGUGCUGUGAUUUGAAGCAAUUAAUAGAAUGUAUUCUAUGAAUUGCAUUUGGAAAACCUCACCAUUAAAAGGGAAUCACUUCUGUUUAGACUCUUUACAAGAUAUCCAAUGCACUGGCAAACAUCAUAGAGUAAGACAAAUCUUAUUCUGCAGCCAUGAAAUUUCUACUGAUUUUUGACUUUGACCAUACAGUCAUAGAUGAAAAUAGUGACACCUGGAUUAUGAAAUGUGCUCCUGAGAAAAAUCUUCCUAAUGAACUAAAAGAUUCUUAUGAAAAAGGAAAGUGGAAUGAAUAUAUGGGCAGAGUCUUUAAAUAUUUAGGAGAUAAAGGAAUAAGGGAAUAUGAAAUGAAAAGAACUAUGACAGAAAUACCUUUUAUUGAAGGAAUGAUAGAGCUUAUAACCUUUGUUGGAAAAAAUAAAGACAUUUUUGACUGCAUAAUGAUUUCAGAUUCAAAUACAGUCUUCAUAGAUUGGAUUUUAGGAGCUGCCGCUGUUCGUGAUGUGUUUGAUGAAGUGUUUACAAACCCAGCAGCUUUCAAUGACAAUGGUUAUCUUACUCUGGAAGGUGUUCAUGUUCAUCAUUGUGAUAAGUGCCCAAAGAAUCUCUGUAAAAGAAAAGUUAUGGUAGAAUUUCUAGAUAAACAAUUACAAAAAGGAAUGAAAUACGCCAAAAUUAUUUAUCUGGGUGAUGGUGAGAAUGAUUUCUGUCCGAUAACCUCUCUAAAGAAGAAUGAUGUUGCUAUGCCUCGAAAAGGGUAUUUUUUACAUAAAUUGAUUUCUCGGUUGCCUCAGGAUGUUUCUUUGGAACCUUCUGUUGUAGUUUGGUCAUCAGCUUCUGAAAUACUUUCUUAUUUGAAAUUACUUAUAAAGAAUGAUUCAUAACAAAAUUGGGGAUGGCUUAAAUGAAUAAGAAAAGUAGCUCGUACUUAAAUUUUAUAUAGUAGCAGAAAAAUUAGUUGUUAUAUUCUAAAAGAAUACAUGCAAUAUCAAUAUAUUCCAAAUUUUCAUACUUUCCUUUUGGAAUGAAAUGCAAAAAAGUAUGAUUUUUAAAAAAUGUUUCUAGUUCACUUCAUAAAAUCUCAUUUAUUGCUUUACAGGGAAUAGGUUUAUUCACUGUGCAUAUGAUGCUUGUCAAUGUAAUCUUCAACAACAAAACUCAAAAUUCUUAUAAAUAUUCAUUAAUACAGGGCAUGUUACAGUAACUAUUUUAAAGGAUUGUGCCAUUGAAAUAAAGUCUUACUGAGACAAUUAUACCAAAACAUGUUAAUUUUAAGGAUCUAAUUUUUAGGCUUAAGUGUCCAGCAUGGAAUUACUCCUCUGGUUUUUAUUUUUUCCAAAUUAUUAACAGAGGCCCUUAGCCCCUAAAAAAUGUACUUAGAAUAAUUUAAUGUGGAAAAAAAUGUGUACCAUUUACUCAGUUAUUUUGUAAAUGUAAAACAUAAAUAAACACAUCUCAUUUACCUGUAUGUGUUGUAGAGAAAGUGACUUAGAGAACUAAUAGGUUAAAUUAUGUUGGAUCACAUCCAGCCUUACAGAUAGCCAUCUGUCUAUAUGUCAGAUCUAGUAGUUGUUUAUGGAAUUUCAGUAGCAAAGAAUUUAAAAAAUUUUUUUUAGAACUUUAUGCGAUACAUACAUUCCCUACAUAAAAUUGUACCAACCAAUAUCUUUUGUCAGUAACACCAGUAAAUGUGUUAUUACAAUAUUCCAUUGAGCCCUUGAAUUUCCUCUGUAGUAUUCUUUGGUCAAGAUUAGCCCAGGCUCAUUCAACUCAUGUCCAUCCUAACAUCUGCCUCCUCCAACCAAUUCCAUGGUUAGAGUAUCUCAGUUCUUGCAUCUCCACCCAAUCACUCCCUGUCAUCCCUUGCCUCAAGUUACACCCACAACACUCUCCCACACUGACUAGCUUGGCUCCAUAGAGCCCUUAGUCCUCAAAUCUAUCUUCUUCCAUUCUUCCUCCUAAUAUUUCAUUUUAGGACAUUGUUACUAUGAUCUCAAUUAUAAUGUAUUUUACGUAAUGUCAUGUGAUUAGGGAAAUGAAGUAACAUUAGGCAAGAUACAUUAAUAUGUACAGAAAUGUGUGUAUAUAUAAAUAUGAUAGAACACCAAAGAGAGAAAAUACAGCUUUACAGGCCUUAAGUGAUAAAAUAUUCUUGUCCUAAUAAAUUUUGUUUUUUUCUGUAAACCUGUACCUUGAUAUUGAACAACUGCUUUCUGAAGGUGAGUUAAUACAUUU